AGCGUGUUUCUAGCACGAGCAUUUCCGCAAAGAAGUGUAUCGGUUGUGAUUCGCCGUGUCUCGCGAGCUUUCAAGAAUUUCUGGGAAGUCCUAGAUUCUCGUCUGCUUCGGCGGUUCUUAUAAGACGAUGAACGGAACGAUGGCCAUGGCACCAACAUCACAAAAUAAUCUGGAGCCACCAGCAAAAAAGAGCAAAGUAGAAGAUGUUACAGCGGAGAGACAGUACAGAAUCCGUGGCCUACGACUGAGCUGAUCAUGAGCGUGCGCCAAACAAAGAAAGAGAACGCUACAUUCGUUGAACAGAACAAAUCUGAGUUUAACAAACUCCCACUGAUACUGCAUCUCUUGUCGAGUACCAAAUAUGAUGCAUACUUUAGAUAGGUCAGCAUUUUAGGGUUUAGAGUUUUUUAAAUCCUGAUUGUGAGCCUCUGUUAUGUAUGAGCAAUAUUUAAUCUUGCGAAUGAACAACGAUAAAUAGUUUUCUUUCUUUAUUGAUAUGUGCAAAACGUUGCAUUUUAAUGUAUAUGAUUAUCUUAUGGAAUUAUAUUAAACAUAGUAGUCUACCUUGCGAAUCUCAAGGUAUCUAGAGGCUCAUAACCGGGAGUGGCAAUGGCGAAGGGUGUGUACUAAAUUUGCCAUGUAUGAAACAUCAAUUUAUAUCUAUGUUAGGUGAUAAUGAAAUCGAGAAGUCCCAGCACUUGGACGUCGAUAUAGCCAAUGAUGUUGCUUAAAGAUUGGUUUCAAUCCCUCUUAAUGUGACUUGAAUACGUAGUGUUCCUGUCUGUGACUUUACAGCUUCGUCUUCUCAUUUUGUUUUGCCAUUGCUACGUGGGACACGCUAUUUCGAGGCACGUUAUAACGAUGUCCGAGUGUAUGUAGGUGAUGUACCUGAAAAAUAACAUCAAAUAUGAUCGAGGAUAAAGGAUAAUGGAAUUGUGUGAUAUAAUUCCUUAACUCACUCAGGAAUUGCUGUAAUUCUAUUAAUAUUAAUAGUGGAAAAAAUUUUACGUAUCUGCAAUGAUUAAGAUCUCGCCAUUGCUACAUGAAACAUGUUAGGUUGAGAUGUGGUAGGUUGGAGAAGGCAAAAAUUAAGAACAUGGCGCAGAAAAUGCACUGAGAGUAUUCUCCUUUGCUUUGUGCUUACAGAUUUGUGCGUCGCCUCAAUCUCGGAUAAUUUGCGCACAACCGUCAUUGCUCAGCCCAGAACACGGUUAGCUGUAAAUCGAAUAAUCGAACAAAACUUUUAAUUCACGAAAAGUCGAACUGACUUCUGUUUUCUGUUUCUGAUUUCUGUUUCAGAGACUAGCAGACCAAAUUGGUUAUGAAACCUAAUCUAAUUAUGAAUAGUCUGAUUUUUGGGGCUGAUAUUGUGCAAACAGUAACUAAAACUAAAAUUUAAUAUUUUUUCGGCUAAUGGCUAAUUUUAUCGGUUUAAUGCAUACUUCGGAAUAAUGUUCGGGCAAUACAAUUUCUCUUACUAAGUCGUUGUGUCGUUUCUGAUAAAAUUUCUUAUCUGUGGUCUUCGAAUCUACGCUUUGUUUCUUCCAACAGCAUGCAUCAAACGAGAAAUAUUUCUCUGUUUUGAUGUUUGCACAAACAUGUGGUUUUCAUAUGUAUGUUUUGCAUAUUUAUCUCUAUAAUACAUUCGCACACACGCCGACACACACACAGACAUAUUUAUUGAAAAAGAUGUAAUAUUCCUUGAUCGUUUUAAUUUCUGUGAACUUACAGUUUGGAGGACGGUUUUAUCAUAGCAGCUUCUGGCACAGCGUCACGGUACUCCCGUGUUAAGAAUGAUAUUCCACAAUACGAAUAAGACUAAUGCGUCUGCAUACAUCCCAAUGCGACUAAUAGAAGUUUUACUAGCCUAGGGCGAUAGGAAGUGCAUCAGAGUUCUUACCAGGCCCUAUAUAUGAUCUCAAUCAAAUAGGCCAGGUUGUUGCUGGACCUGGUGCUAAAUAUCUAACAUUACCUGGGAUAUUAGGAGCUGGCCUACCGAAAAUUUCAUCCGAACAGCAGGAUACAGUAAAUAGGGCGAAGAAGUAUGCGAUGGAGCAAAGUAUCAAGAUGGUCCUCAUGAAGCAAACAUUGGCCCAUCAACAACAGCAAAUGGCUAGUCAACGGAAUCAGGUUCAACGGCAGCAGGCACUCGCGCUUAUGUGCAGGGUUUAUGUGGGCAGCAUCAGUUUUGAAUUGAAAGAAGACACGAUCAGACAAGCCUUCUUGCCAUUCGGACCAAUCAAGUCUAUCAAUAUGUCUUGGGAUCCUGUUACACAAAAACACAAGGGAUUUGCUUUUGUUGAAUAUGAGAUACCUGAAGCCGCGCAACUCGCUUUGGAACAAAUGAACGGUGUCAUGAUUGGUGGCCGCAACAUCAAGGUUGUAGGACGUCCGUCCAAUAUGCCUCAAGCGCAAUCUGUGAUCGAUGAGAUAACCGAGGAGAGUAAACAUUACAAUCGCAUAUAUAUAGCGUCGAUACAUCAAGACUUGACGGAGGACGAUAUUAAAUCCGUCUUCGAGGCGUUUGGGCCGAUAACGUACUGUAAGCUUGCGCAAGGCAGCUCGCCGCACCGUCACAAAGGUUACGGUUUUAUUGAAUACGAGACAAUGCAAGCGGCAUUGGAGGCUAUCGCCUCCAUGAACCUGUUCGAUCUGGGCGGUCAAUAUCUAAGAGUAGGUAGAGCGAUAACACCACCGAACGCGCUUAUGGGGCCGCCUAGUGGUACCAGCAUGAUGCCUACCGCGGCUGCAGUGGCUGCGGCAGCUGCAACAGCAAAGAUUCAAGCGAUGGACGCUGUUGCUAGCAAUGCCGUUGCGUUGGGUCUCACAAAACUUGGAGCCACCGCACCACCGAUUCUGAAUCAAGCACUACCAGGCGUACGGCCUACUAUUGCACCCGCAACAAUGAUGGCACCACCAACAGUAGCGACGGUGGCACCAGUAAUACCUCCACCUGGCAUAGCUAUACCGCAAACCUUAACGCGACCACCAGCCAUCAUCCAACCAAUCCCCGGUCAACCAGUAGUCAUACCACCUCCCGCAGUUGUCGCUCCUACGAUCGUCGGCACACCAGUUAUACCGGUUACAACAACCGCAAAUUCCGAUAUUAUGAGGCGAGCGCAGGAACAAGCAGCUCAUCAGAAACAACAGGAGGAGCUGCAGAAAAAGUUGCUAGAAGAAACAGAACCACAGACGUUACAACAACAAGAAAAUAUGUCGAUCAAAGGACAGAGCGCGCGUCAUCUCGUCAUGCAAAAACUUAUGCGUAAAGUCGAGUCCCGAGUUGUUAUUUUGAGAAACAUGGUAGCACCGGAGGAUGUAGACGAGACUCUCCAGGAAGAGAUUCAGGACGAAUGUUCCAAAUUUGGUGUGGUCGAACGAGUUAUUAUUUAUAAGGAGAGACAAUCUGAAGACGACGAAAAUGCCGAAGUUAUCGUGAAGAUAUUCGUCGAAUUCUCUCAAAUGAGUGAAGCGGAACGUGCAAGAGAUUCGUUAAAUGGUCGUUAUUUUGGUGGACGAUUAGUUAAAGGAGAACUAUACGACCAAGCCCUAUUUGACAAUAGUGAUUUUUCCGGUUGA